AUGGAAAGCAUCCUAAGAGAUAAAACUAAAUUCAUUCAAAUUGAAGAUGGCUGCACCUCUCUCAUUAUCAAAAGAGAAGAUCAACUCCAUAACAUGUUAAGAAAACUCAAAGAUAGUCAUCCAAUUGAUAAAGACACAUAUUCACGUCUGUUCACUUCUGGAUCAAAACCAGGCGUCCUGUAUGGGCUUCCAAAAGUUCAUAAAACAAGCUGCCCUCUUAGACCAAUAUUUUCAGCUAUUGGCACUUUAAACUAUAAUAUCUCAAAGUAUUUUGUUCCAAUUCUCAAAACACUGACUAUCAAUGAAUUCACAAUACAUGAUACUUUCUCAUUUGUAAAAACAUUAUUUGAUAUUCCCAGUGCUGACAGUUAUAUAAUGGCAAGUUUUGAUGUUACCAAUCUAUUCACAAAUGUCCCUCUUACUGAAACAAUUGGAAUCAUCAUUGACUCUCUGUUCAACUACAACACUCACAUAAAUGGCUUGAAUAAGGUACAUUUCAAGAAAUUGCUAGAAAUUGCCACUAAAGAUAUAACAUUCUUCCUUUAUGGCAAAUUAAAUAAACAAGUUGAUGGAGUGGCUAUGGAAGUUCAGAAAUUCCUGCAGUAUAUGAACAGUCUGCACAAGAAUAUCAAAUUUACCUGUGAGUUAGAGUCCAAUGGUAAACUUCCUUUCUUGGAUGUCAGCAUAGGCAGAGAUAACAAUAGGUUUUCAACGGCAACAUACAGGAAACCUACAUACACAGGCCUUACCACAAAGUUCGAUUCCUUCAUUCCUAUCAAGUACAAAACUGGCCUCUCCAUAUUAGAAAGUUUGUGGAUAUGGAAGGGACGACCGAAGUUCAAUGAAUAUUAA